AUGAGCAACACGAAAGGAAACAAGAGGGGGCCGAACGUAGCAGCUAAAGACACCCCCAGCUGGCUUACCACGGCAGCCAACAGUAUUCAUCUCUUCUCUUCGGUGCUAGGUUUGGUAUUGCCCUACGGUAUACGCCUGCUUCGACUGCGCAUCACCACCAUCUAUCACACCUUUACCUAUAAGGCCAUAGACUCGCCUAAAAACAUCGUCGUCGUCGGCGGCUCUUUUGCUGGCAUCCAUGUCGCUAACUGGCUAGCCAACGCUGUGCCGACGGGAUACCGAGUUGUUCUGGUCGAGAAGAAUAGCCACUUCAACUAUCUGUUCGCCUUUCCGCGAUACGCUGUUGUGACGGGAUAUGAACAGGGCGCGUUUAUCCCGUAUGAGAAUAUUCUGAGCGGUGCGAUCAAAAAAGGGUCACUGUUGCAUAUUCACGAGAAGGCGUCCGGAGUGACGCCUAGCCAAGUCCUGUUGGCCGACGGGCAGGCCAUCGAUUAUGCGUACUUGAUUGUUGCCACAGGUUCCUCGCAGCCGCCACCAGCAAAGAUGGCAUCGACAGGGCGUGAAGGCGCCUGUGAUGAACUACACAAGCUACAGCGAGGUGUUGCUGAAGCCUCUCGCAUUGCUGUCCUAGGAUCUGGCGCUGUUGGCGUCGAGAUGGCCGCAGAUAUCAAGACUUAUUUCCCAGACAAGUCUGUUACGUUGUUCAGCUCUCGUGACGUUGUCAUGCCAAGUUUCGGACCGAAGCUCCAACUCAAAGUCGCCAAUAUCUUGGAAUCGAUCGGAGUUACCAUAAGAUACAAUGCCCGACCGCAGACUCUCCCCGGUAGCAAGAUGAUACAGCUUCAAGACAGGAGCACGGAAGAGUAUGAUCUAGUACUGUCCUGCACGGGCCAGAACCCCAAUUCCGGAAUCCUGAGCACGUUCCUACCUGAGGUCAUCUCGAAGCAGACCGGCCGCAUCCUGGUCAAACCGACGCUGCAACUCCAACCUGCAGGCGACUCCGCCUUUCCGAAUAUAUUUGCACUUGGCGACGUAGCUGAACACGGCGGACCCCGUAUGGCCCGGGCCGUUCACGUGCAGGCUGGUAUCGUGCGAGACAAUAUACUGGAGCUGAUCAAAGGCCGCUCGCCCUCGCACGAGUAUUCUCCACAACGCUGGAUUGAGGGAUCCAUUCAGAUGACAGUGGGCAAGGAUCAGGCUUUAGGCUACAUACCGGGUGAUAAUAGUAAGGAUGUACUUUUUACUCUCGCUGCAUACCCAGACGAUUUCAGGAUCGCGCAUGGGUGGAGGUUGCUCGGUGCCAAAUAUCCAGGUCGACCAAGGCCGAACUAG